CUCUGAACGCGCUGACUCUACCCGGGAUCCGCCGGGCCCGGCGACUGCGGUAGAGCUGUGGCUUCCUGGACGUUUCGCCUUUAGAGUCAUCCUAGCUUAACCCACGUUCCCUGGUUUCUGUUCACAAGCUUCCCCUGUGUCGGCCUGGCUCAGAAGACGAUGAGUUGGACAAAGGGUGAUGAGGAGGAGUAUUGGAACAGCUCCAAGUUCAAGGCUUUCACCUUUGAUGACGAAGAUGAUGAGCUCUCACAGUUAAAGGAAUCCAAGCAGGCAGUGAAUAGCCUUCGAGACUUCGUGGAUGAUGAUGAUGAUGAUGAAGACCUGGAACGAGUCAGCUGGAGUGGGGAACCUGUGGGAAGUAUUUCAUGGUCCAUCAGAGAGACUGCUGGUAAUAGUGGGUCUACACAUGAGGGACGUGAACAGCUAAAGAGCCGAAACAGCUUCUCCUCCUAUGCACAACUACCCAAACCUACUUCUACCUACUCCCUGAGUAGCUUUUUUAGAGGUAGAACCCGACCUGGAAGUUUCCAGUUCCUUUCAGAUGCUCUGUCAGACACACCUGCCAAAAGCUAUGCUCCAGAGCUGGGGAGACCCAAGGGGGAGUAUAGGGAUUACAGCAAUGACUGGAGCCCCAGUGAUACAGUGCGACGCCUUCGGAAGGGCAAGAUCUGCUCACUAGAAAGAUUCCGCUCAUUACAGGACAAGCUACAACUCCUAGAAGAGGCAGUAAGCAUGCAUGAUGGAAACGUCAUCACUGCAGUUCUGAUCUUCCUGAAGAGGACACUGAGCAAAGAGAUCCUCUUCCGAGAGCUGGAGGUGCGACAGGUUGCCCUGAGACAUCUCAUUCACUUCCUUAAGGAAAUAGGGGAUCAAAAACUGCUUUUAGACCUCUUCAGGUUCCUAGAUAGAACAGAAGAGCUUGCGCUAUCUCAUUAUCAAGAGCAUUUGAACAUUCAGGACCCUGAGAAACGAAAAGAAUUUCUUAAGACCUGCAUUGGUUUGCCAUUUUCAGCAGAAGAUUCUGCACACGUACAAGACCAUUACACGCUCCUGGAACGUCAGAUCAUUAUUGAGGCAAAUGAUCGACAUCUAGAAUUAGCAGGACAGACUGAGAUCUUCCGAAAGCACCCCCGCAAAGCUUCCAUCCUCAACAUGCCAUUAGUGACAACACUUUUCUACUCCUGCUUCUAUCAUUACACGGAGGCUGAGGGGACAUUCAGCAGUCCCAUCAACCUGAAGAAGACAUUUAAGAUCCCAGACAAACAAUAUGUGCUGACAGCCCUGGCUGCUCGCGCCAAGCUUCGAGCCUGGCACGAUGUAGAUGCCCUCUUCACCACAAAGAACUGGCUGGGCUAUACCAAGAAGAGAGCACCCAUUGGCUUCCAUCGGGUUGUGGAAAUUUUGCACAAGAACAGUGCCCCUGUCCAGAUAUUACAGGAAUACGUCAAUCUGGUGGAAGAUGUGGACACAAAGUUGAACUUGGCCACUAAGUUCAAAUGUCAUGAUGUCGUCAUUGAUACCUGCCGGGACCUGAAGGAUCGUCAGCAGUUGCUAGCGUACAGGAGUAAAGUAGAUAAAGGAUCUGCAGAGGAGGAGAAGAUUGAUGCCAUUCUUAGCAGCUCGCAAAUUCGAUGGAAGAACUAAGUGGCAUUAGCUACCCAGAAGCUGCCCUCAUUUCUUAAAGCCUGUCCUGCCUGUGAAAGUAGAGAGAGAGCUCUUCUUCUUUGGGAGAGUUACAGUAUCACAUUGCUUGGACCCAUCAUUAACAGGCAGUGCCUCCUACUCUUGGGACAGAAACGAGCACCUGGGCACAGAUAGCUUCAGACUGAUCUUCUGUCCAAGGGACAUCAUCUAAGGGCCAAGAUCUAAAGCUCUGACUUAUGAGAAAGAUUCUCUCCACCUGGUGCUCAUGUGAAGGUGGGAGUGAUUUCUAGAUUGGGCCCAUUUUGGGUAAGAUCUCUCUUGAGAAAAGUGACUGCUCCAGAAAGGAAGUCUCUAGACUAAGAGGCACAGUGUCAUAGGGUCACCACUCCAUUUUGCUCAGCUGAUUAUGAUCUGGGACUUGGUGCUGGACAUUGGCAGUUCUGUUCUGAAUGAAGUCAGAACAGAACUAAAAUGGUUAUCUUCCAGGGGCCUUAGGAAGGGUGCCAGUGUUGCCCAGGACCUGCUGGAGACACAGUCAUACCAAACUACACAGUGUCCUACACAUUAUGACAGACGUUGCCCAGAUGUUGUGUUUCUUCAGCCAUUAUCCCUCUGUCCCAAAAUGGCUCCUCUCUCACCUGCACACUUCAGUGACCUUGUUUUGGUAAUGAGACCUUCCCCUUAUCUUUUCCUGUACUUUUCCUAUGUGAGAACCACAACUUUAUAAGGAGCUGAGAUUCAGCAGUGCUGGAGAACUCUUCCUUUAUGCAAAAAUCUCAUUAUUUCACCAGGAGCUUCUAGAAGUUUCACCUGGGCUAAACUCAGCAUCAUUGCUGUUAGGAUAUUCAGAUGGAGGUUUUAAUUUCAUGCUUGGUUUUUGAGAGGUUAUUCUGUAAUGCUAGAUUCUUGCCCUGUACCAAUAUUAGCCUCUCUUCUCUGUGACUGAACUAGGUUUUCCUGACAUGCCUAGAUUCCUAAUAAAGCUGUUUCUUCCUUGGUG